AUGCAGGGACAGAACAGUGAGCAGAGAGGCAACAAGGGUCAUGGCUGGCCAGAAACAGAUACAGAAAUAGCCAGGUCAAGAAUGACAGGAAACUAUGGAGCUCAGAGGCUGCAGAAGUGGGAAUGGAAUAAAAGAAACAGAAGGCUGGGAAAUGCUAAAAAUGUUGCCAGAAGUUUGUAUUGGUCGGAGAACAUAACAAUACGUCGUUAG